AAUUUAAAGAUGAACAGAAUCUUGAGAAAACUAUCGUGCGUUAAGACAAAAGUUAAAACCUCAUUGCGUCUUUUCGAAUCCAGGUCAUCACUGUCUUCUUCCUCUUCUGCCUCUUUCACUCCUAAGAGGUUCGACGUCUUUCUAAGCUUUAGAGGGGCCGAUACUCGCAGGAACUUCGUUAGCUUUCUCUACAAGGAUCUAGAGGCCAAAGAGAUUCGAACGUUCAAAGACGACAAGGAACUGGUGAGUGGCCGUCCUAUUCCACCGGAGCUUAUCCAAGCCAUCAAAGGAUCAAAAAUCGCCGUAGUGGUUGUCUCUGCGACUUACCCUGCUUCUUUCUGGUGUCUCGAGGAGCUCGUCAAGAUUCUGAAGUACGAGAAAAAGGGUUUGCUUAAAGUGCUGCCUGUGUUCUACGAGGUUGAUCCUUCUCACGUGAGGAGACAGAUCGGAGAAGUUGCGAAACAGUUCAAGAAACAUGAGAAGAGACAAAGCAAAGAGAGGGUCAAGUCGUGGAGGGAGGCGUUGGCUUAUUUGGCUAAUCUUUCUGGCGAAUGUUCCAAAAAAUGGGAUGAUGACUCGAAGCUGGUUGAUGGAAUCACCAAGAAGAUAUCAAAGAUGUUGUUCUCAACAACACCUACCAAUGGUAACAACCUUAUUGGCAUAGACGAACACAUGGACGAGUUGUAUCCAUUACUGGACCUAUCCUCAAACCAAGGUGUCCGAGUCAUUGGUAUUUGGGGAAGAGGAAGCAUCGGAAGAUCAGUACUCGCUAGACACGUCUACGAAAACAUCUCACACGAUUUUGAAGCUCAUUGUCUUCUCGAAGACGUGAGAAGGGUUUCACGACACUGCCGCAGAUCUCAUCUACGAGAAGAGCUUCUUUCCAAGAUGCAAGGAGAAGGCUUGAGCGCAAAGAUAAGGUGUCAUAACGCAAUCAAAGCAAGGCUCAGGAACAAGAAGGUUCUGCUUGUGGCUAACGAUGUAAACAAGAUCAAACAGUUAGAUGCGCUUGCGGAGGAGUUUAGCUGGUUUGGUCCAGGGAGCAGAAUCAUCAUAACCACACAAGAUAGACAACUGCUUAGUUCAUCUGGUGUGACUAGUGUCUAUGAAGUUGAGCUCUUGAGAUGCUAUGAAGUUCGUCAGCUCUUCAGGUCAGAAGCAUUCAAGCAGAGAAAUGAUCCUGAAGUUCGUCAGCUCUUUAGGUCAUUAGCAUUCACGCAGAGAGAAGAUCAUGUUGGUUUGGAAGAGCCUACAUAUCAACCGAUGAAUCUUCCUGGUAUUAACUUUUUCUUUACCCUGAAAUAUUUAUUGGCUUUGUUGUGUGAUAGAGGCCAGCUUAGGGAAACACUAAAUGCAGUGAUAUAUAGUCUUUAGAUUGAGUAUUAUUAAUUAAAUUGAUGUGUUUGUUUGUUCUUUGGUAUCUUAGUCUUACUAAUGUUAAGCCAUUCGUUAUAUGUAAUCUGUUCGUUCUGACAAGGAAUAAAUAAUACAACAUUCUUCAAAGAUUUGUCUGUACAACUAGGACUGCCUGUGGCAGAGAAUGUUAAACAACUUGAACAGGUCUUGCAGAGGAUUUUUAACUGUUUAGGUCUGGGAAGUAUUGUUAUCAUCACUUACACAGGACAACCAGCUGUUUGUUUCCGCUGGCAUAAAGCUUGGAUGCGAAGUAGAGCUUCUGAGAGUCCAGAAUGUUUGUGAACAUUCAGACAACUAGCCUUCAGGGUCAGAGAGAGACAUUUCUGCUGAGUUUAAGCCGGUUUGUGUAGGAGAAAAAAAUCCUGCCAUGGAAUGAUUAGGUUCUCAAUGUUUUAUAUAUGGUUACGGGAAAUGUUAAUAUCAAUUUUUUUAUUAAGCGAAAUCCCUUUUCACGUACAUUUAAGUAUGACAAGUAAGAUGUGUCUUAGAAAUAGGAAUGAUUGUGUCUAUUUUUGGAGUG